UAUCUUCUUUGAGAUACAUUUCUGAGCAGCGACAUAGAAAUUGUUUAUUCGGUGUAGAAACCUCCUAGCUUUUUUGUCAAAGUGCCAACUCAUACCAUCAAUUGGGCUUGAUAAUCCACAUCAAGGUGUGUAUAACACAACCAUCUCAACAUUUACAAAUCACACCGUUGAUAUUUGAGGGAUGAUGAAAUCAAUAAAGAAAUGUUAGUGAGAGCUAAUUUAAAAUAUAUAAUUCAUCACACUUGUAAUUCAACAACUGAAAAGGAUAUAUGCAGCAGCAACCUACAUUCAAUCGCCCUGAUUUCAAUAUAAGAGCUUUCAAUUAACCAGCUCUACUCAAAUUGAUUUAGGAGCUUAUGAAAAAGUUCAGCAUGCAACCACUGCUUAAGAGAAUGCCCUUAACUUUGCCUAUGCAGAAAAGCUUUUACAGUAAUUAUAGGAAAUAAAAAUGGAUCUUUCUGAUGUUCAAUUACGGCUUUCAGCAGCUCUGUAUCAAUUUUGCAAAUGAAAAGCUGCAACACCAUUUUAAUGAGGUUAGCAGUGUUUGAAAUCGAGAAGAAAGAAUAUGCCAAGGAAGGCAUAAACUGAAGCAACAUUGAGUUCAAAAGUAACCAAGAUGUUUUGAAUCAAAUGAUAAAGGCUUUUAUCUGGUUACCCUUCGUAUUUUCAAAAUGGCAUUUUUGAUUUUCCUACUUCUUUCCAGGACCAUUUAUAUAGCAGUUGCAGUCUUAAUAAAUUUUACUUCAAAUUAAACUUAAUUGACCACAUUUUUCCUGACAUGUAAUACUGUCCGACUUUGAUAAUUUACAGGAAUUUAGGCAUUUGGAUGAAAUCUGGUAUGCUGCUUUGGUUGACAUGUUGUUCAAAUUUCUGUAAAGAAUUGUUUUAACUAGUUAUGAGUUCUAAUUUAUUUAUUUAUAGUUGUUUUUCUCUCUUUUUUUAUUCAUUUCUGAUAUGCAGUAGCAGUAUCAGAAAACAAAAGAUUGCUAGUACUCGUAAUGUUCUAAUAAAACACAGUGCAGGAAAGGUAAAACUUCCUAUUUUGUUUUAAGCCUUUCUUUGUCACUUGCGAGAGAGAUUUUCACUAAUUUCUAAUUCUUUUUCCUAUUUUGAAGAUUUGGUGGCCAACAAGACAAUAAAGAAGAAAUUAGGGGUUGGUAGCUACUUGCUUGGAUCUUCUAGCCACAGCAUCAUAGAAAGCAGGCUAAUUUGUUUCAAGAGUAGAUUGAAAGGUGUCCAGUUACACUGGAAUGUUCGACACAAGGAAUAUAGAGGCAGCUCAGAAAGCCAUUGAAGAAGCAAACACCCAAGAGACUACAAAACAGCAAUUACAGGCUUUGCUCGAAGCAUAUAAGCAGAGAGCAGAGAAGACAAAGCAACCUUAUACCCAUGCUCAGCCUGAAAAUGAUGAACUAACUAAAAGGCUUAAUGAGGAAGAGAAGAAAGCAAAACUUGCUCCAGCCAAAAAUGGUGAACUAACCAAAAAACUUGAAGAAGAAGAGAAGAAAGCAAAACAGCUUCAGGACUCUGUGCACAGGUUUGUCGCUGAUACCAUGAUAGACAACCAAAUUCCAGGAAUCCCUAAAAAUAAAAUUUUCCAUUCUAAAUCAUAGUUCUCCUAUCCUCAUCAUGUGUCUCUGUUCUCAAUUGGUAGCUAUCUGGACAGUUUCAACUAAAAGUUAGGGCUUGAAAUGCCAUGGUGAAUCUUCUGGUGCCAAAAUUUAAGUGGCAGCUUUUAGCAGUGAGCACUUCUUCUUGAAAGCAAGUUUUUCAACCCACAGGUUAACCAUAACAAAAAAUCAUCUGCAGC